CUGGGACCGGAUGGAGUUGCCGGCGCUUCCGGCGGCCGGCGGCUGUGUGGUUGCCUCGGUGAUGUCGUGGGUUCGAGCGAGUCCUUUGGUCCGGGAUCCUGGCGAGGACGGGGACGUGUUUGACGAGGAAGCGGACGAGUCGCUCGUGGUGCAGCGGGAAUGGCGGAGCCACAUGCAGAGACGAGUCAAAGAAGGUUAUAGAGAUGGAGUAGAUGCUGGCAAAGCAGUUACUCUUCAGCAAGGCUUCAAUCAAGGUUAUAAGGAAGGUGCAGAAGUCAUUAUAAACUAUGGACAACUCAGAGGAACAUUGAGUGCUUUGCUCUCCUGGUGUCACCUUCAUGAUAAUAGUUCGGCUUUGAUCAGUAAAAUAAAUAAUCUUCUGGAUGCAGUUGGCCAGUGUGAAGAGGAUGUGCUCAAACAUCUGAAAUCAAUCACUCCGCAGCCCCAUGUUGUAGAUUUAUUGGACUCCCUUCAGGAUAUGGACCUUUGUCAUGUAGUUCCAGCGGAGAAAAAGACUGAUGAAGCUACAGAUGAAAGACUCCGUGAAAAUAAUGCUGAGUUUAACAAAAACUGUGGCAGGAGUGUUAAUGGGGUAGAUUGUUCAUCUUUAGAAUGUUGUAGAACACAGGAGCAUGCACAUUCUGAACAGCCAAGCCUCACUUGGAUUCUACAACAGACAGCCAGUUUAGUAGAGCAGCUGGGAGUGUCCAUAGAUGUAUUACAGCACCUCAAACAGCUAUAGAAAUUAGCUUCACUUUUCUAAUGAAAAUAAUGUUCAGAGCAUUUCUUAGAGCGUUUCGUUUCUGAACAAGCUCACCAAAAUCUCUACUGGUUUCGACAUUGCACACUUCACUUGGAGGGUUAUCCUUCAUGAAAGUUUGAAAUGCCUUCAAAAGGAACACUAUUAAAUGUAAUAUAAGCCUUUUUCCUUUGUCACUUGUAAUUUUUAUGUAGUUUAAUAUAUGCUCAGAAAUUCCAGUUGUCAUUGUCAUUUUCAAAUUUCUCAUCAGAAUCAAGCAUUUUCAGACUCAUUAGCAAAAGUGAACAAGAAUCAAACAUAUUUUGUAAGGACCUAACCCUGCUUUCUGCUCUUGUCACCAUCAGGUAAUUAGGACCUCGUCACCAGCUAAUCAGACCAAAGUUACCAGAAAUAACCUAAUGACUAACACUGUAAAUAGAUAGGCACACAUAGAUAUAGACAUGUAGAUAAACGUAUUGCAAUUAAAAGGCUGUAAUGUAAGAAACUGAAGAAAUGUUUGUACUACUGAUGAUUAAAAACAAAAUGCUAAAAUCCA